CUGUGUUUUGAAUUGCAGGUACUGUUCAGUGCUGUGUGACCGCUGGCAGCCAAGGACCUAACAGACAGUCAUCCAAAACAAUGAUCAAACUAUAAAUCAGUUUGCCAUCAGAAACCUUAAAAAGAAGAAAUAAUCUGCAAAUACAUCUCACACAUCAGAUUAAAAACAUAGCAGCCAUGUUGUCGGUCUAUGUGGCUUUUCUGUUUCUCUGCACUGCCCACCUGCCACUAGACUCUUCCGCCCUUCCAUUUGAGCAGAAAGGAUUCUGGGACUUUGGCAAGGACAUUGAUGUGAAAGAGCUGAUGCUGAUGAUGAAGGACCAGGAAGAAGGGUCAGCUGUGGAUCCAUACCAACCGGAACAUCCCACAUGUCCAUUUGGCUGUCGGUGUGACCUCAGAGUCGUACAGUGCUCGGAUUUAGGUAAGUCAAUUCAGAGCCAAAACAAGCCCGCUACAUUCCGCUGUGUCAGUGACCAAAUGGCUGUACAGUUUGGCAACCACAAGAAAUGAAAAAAAAAAAUGCACAAAGCCAAUCCAGGAGAGCAAGAGGAAAAUGCCCAUAAUUUGUGUAAAUCGAGAUAUUUGAGUGAAGAAGAUGAAUAAACAUUUUCAUGGAGGCAUAGUUCAGAAGAAACAUGGACUCCAUUUAAACGGAAGUCAAAGUCCAACCGGUCUAUUGAAAACUGAAUAUUGAUGUGUGUAAUUCCCUGCUGACAUUAAUGAAUAUAUACUUUAAUUUAGUUGACAUACAGCAUUGAUGAUUCCUUGAGAUGUCUAUCAACAGCUUCAUUUGCUUCGUUUUCAUGGGUUGCAUCUUUAAAUAUUGAGAUAAAUUCACAGUUUGUCAUUCUGGACGGCUGAUUGUCACUCAUUCAUCAUGGUAAUACUGUAAUAAAGUGGAUUGUGUUGUGGAUGUUCAUCAUGCCAUCACAAGA